AUGAACUUGGAGAAUGAAUCUACGAAUCAUUAUUUGUCUUCACAAUCCAAUAACCAAAAUUCUCCAUCAAAACCAAACUCACACAAGAAAAAAACAAAAAGAGGAAGAAAGAAAUUCAAGGAGACAAGGCACCCAAUUUACAAAGGAGUUCGCCAAAGAAAUAAUGGAAACAAAUGGGUUUGUGAAAUUCUUGAACCAAACAAGAAGAAAUCAAGAAUAUGGCUAGGAACUUACCCUACACCAGAAAUGGCAGCUAUAGCACAUGAUGUAGCUGUUCUAGCACUUCAUGGUACUUCAGCAAUGUUCAAUUUCCCUGAUUCAGUUUCUCUUCUUCCGGUUUCGAAAUCAACUUCACCUGAAGAUAUAAGAGAAACUGCAACGGAAUUUGCAAACACCGCAAGCUCUUCUUCUUUUGUUAACAAUUUGAGUGUUGUGACUAAGCCUUGCUUAUCUAAAGCAAUGUUUUUUGAUGAGGAGGUUUUGUUUAAUAUGCCAGGUUUUUUGAAUAGCAUGGCUGAGGGUUUGCUUAUUACACCACCUUCCAUGAAGAGUGCAUUGGAUUGGGAUAAUGUUGAUUGUGAAAUGGAUUUAACACUAUGGACAGAAUAA